CGAACAUCUCUCCACACCACACAGUCAAGUUGCUCACUUCCUUUUUGAUCUUUCAAAUCAUACAUCAUGCUUUCUGCUGAAGUUGUUGAGGAUUACAUUUGCCUUGCUAAGAAGUAUGAGGAGGCUCAGAGCUCUGUUGAUAGGGACUCUACUAUCUUCUCAACCACCAUUGCAACAGCCUUCUCCUCUCUAGGCAUUGGCAGCAAUGCCAUGUCCAGCACUACUUCCUACACUUCUGAUGCACAUGCUGUCUCUGAUGCAGAGGCUCAAUUCUACUAUGCAGGCCUUCAUUCUGAGCCCACAUUGCUUUACCGCACAGGCAAGAAGUGGUCUCCAUCCAGAGGACUUGAGGCCCAGUGUCAUUUGAAGGAGCUGUGUGAAGUCUUCAACCAUCCAAUUAGGACAGUCUGGAACCAUGACUUAGGUUGGAGAGUUGUUAAGAUUUUAGAUGCUCACACAGUCAGCACUGAUGAAGAAGAUGCCAAUAAAGAAAUAGCAGAGGCUAAGAAACCACCUAUUGGUCCUGUCACUAUUUGGAUUGGUGUCUUCCCUGAGUCUACCUCUGCCACAGCUGCCCACAAUGCAGCUCAAGAUAUCCUAGCCCUUCUCAAGGACUACCAGAUCACUGAUGUCGAUGUCGACUUCCGUGAGUCUUUCUACACACGUGAGGCUAAUCCUCAGCUUCUCAAACCUGUCAGUGAUCUGGACCCACUUGUUGAUGUCAUUAGUCCUCUCACUCCCACUCUUGGCCUCCAUAUCUCUACCAAGGCCAGGCCUGACACUCAGGGAACAAUGGCCCUCUAUCUUGCUGAGGGUGGCAGCAGUGAUAACCUCUUGGGCCUUUCAUGCCGUCAUGUUCUCAUUGAAUCCAAGGAAGCCAAUGUUGACUAUGUUUACCACCUCAGCAGGCCUCGUAAAGAUGUCAUCCUGUUUGGCAACAGAGCAUUAACUAAUCUCAUCAAUUCAAUCAAACUUGGAAUCACAAGACAUGGCAUCAUGACUGAGUACAGAAAGAGACAGAUUGAACAGUUCAAGGAGAGAGAGAAGGGCACCAAUGCUGUUGACAUUGAGAAUGCCAAGGUAGCCCAGAUUAAGACUCAGAGGUUGCUGGAGGAGGAAGAGGAGGCAGUGAAGGCACUUGAAGUGUUGCUGAAUCAGGUCAACAAGGACUGGAAGAGACUCAAGCACUGCAUCUUUGGCCACAUUCUCUGCUCCCCAGCUAUCAGUCUUGGUGUUGGUGAGCAACAUUUCACAGAGGACUGGGGAAUUUUUCAGAUCAAUCAAGUCAAGCUUGGUGAUGGCUUCCAGGGCAAUAAGAUGGAUCUUGGAACAAAGCUAACACCUGAUGAGUUCACACUCAAAUGUUUCCCCCAUGGAGAUCUCAACUGGAAGUUUAAAUAUCCCAAUGAUCAUCUGCUUCCACUUAUGGGUAUCAUUACCGAUGACUUGAUGCAUGCCCCUGACAUGUGGAACUCAAAUGGUGAUCCAUGCUUGUUGGUCAUCAAGAGUGGCAGUGCCACUAACACCACCAUCGGCCGUGCAAAUGGCAUCUUCUCUAUCAUUCGUGACUACUUCCAAGACAUGUCCAUCAACCAAACCUCCAUGGAGUGGGCAAUAAUCAACUAUGACAGCAAGUCAGAAGUCUUUUCAGAACCUGGUGAUUCAGGCUCAAUAAUUGCUGACAUCCGUGGCCGUAUUGGUGGCAUGCUUACUGGUGGUUCUGGUAAGGCAAAGUCCCCUGAUAUAACUUAUGCCACACCAUUCUGGUGGCUCCUCAAGCGUAUCAAGGCAAAUGGGUUCCCCAAUGUGCAUCUCAGUGUCAUUGCCUAGGCAUUUUGACUUCUUCUCUUUCUCUUACACUCCUUUAUGUAUUUCUUAGUUGUUAGUGCAGACAAAUGCUUUGACUGCUGGUGGAUUGCUGUUUAGGUUCAUCUUUAUAGCCCU